UCUCCGUCCCUGACCUUCAUCAUCAUCUUUCUCUCCCUCCAGAACCUCAAGAAGAACGUGGACGAGCGGCAGGCCAAGCUGUCGCAGGCCAAAGGCGAGUACAAGACGGCCCUCAGGAACCUGGAGAUGAUCUCCGACGAGAUCCACGAGCGGCGGCGGAGCUCUGCCAUGGGCCCCCGGGGGCGGGGCGUAGGCGCUGAGGGCGACAGUGUCUCCGGGGACGACAUCUCCAACUUUAAGAUGGAGUCAGACGGAAUAUCCAUGGCGUCGGUGUGUUUCGAUGACGAGGCGUGCGGCGGCAGCAGCAUCAUGUCGGAGGAGGACUCUGAGACUCGCUCCACCUGCAGCCUGGGUUCGUCUCCCAGCAGCCCUCAGGAGCUCCUGUCACCCUGCCCCUUUGCCAGCUCCUCCUCCUCCUCCUCCUCCUCCUGCGGGUCCUCUUCUGCCUCUUCGUCACCCACUCCAUCCUCCUCUUCCUCCUCCCCGGCUCCUCUGUCCCGGCCCUGCAGUCUGGACCUCCCCAGCACCGUGUCGCUGUCCGACUUCGGCCUCAUCUCGCCGGUGCUCGGGCCUCGCAGCGAGUGCAGCGGAGCGUCAUCCCCAGAGUGCGACCUAGAAAGAG